AUGCUGCAGCUGACCUUGUCCUGGCUGGGCCUGGGGCCAGUGGCCGCCUCCCCAUGGCUGCUGCUGCUGCUGGUCGGGGCCUCCUUGCUCCUGGCUCACAUCCUGGCCUGGACCUACACCCUCUAUGACAACUGCCACCGUCUCCGCUGUUACCCGCGGCCCCCCAGGAAGAACUGGUUCUUGGGUCACCUGCACCUGAUUUCCCCCAUGGAGGAAGGUUUGAGGGACCUGACUCAACUGGUGGCCACCUACCCUCAGGGCUUUCAAAUACGCAUUGGACCCAUCUACCCUGUCAUCACUUUGUGCCACCCCAACAUCAUCCGAUCUGUCCUCAUUUCCUCAGCUUCCAUUUCACUCAAGGACAUGGUCUUCUACAGAUUCAUGAAACCCUGGCUGGGGGAUGGACUUGCGACAAGUGCUGGUGACAAGUGGAAACGCCAUCGUCACAUGCUGACACCCUCCUUCCAUUUCAACAUCUUGAAACCCUAUAUGAAGGUUUUCACUGAGAGUGCAAACAUCAUGCACGCCAAGUGGCAGCACCUGGCCUCAGAAGGCAGUGCCCGUUUGGACAUGUUUGAGCACAUCAGCCUGAUGACCUUGGACAGUCUGCAGAAAUGCAUCUUUAGCUCCGACAGCAACUGUCAAGAGAAGCCCAGUGAAUAUAUUGCCACCAUUCUGGAGCUCAGUUCCCUUGUAGAUAGAAGAAGCCAGAACAUCCUCUCAUACUUGGACUUCCUGUACUAUCUCACUCCCAAUGGGCGGCGCUUCCGCAAGGCCUGCCACUUUGUGCACACCUUCGCUGACGCUGUCAUCCAGGAGCGACGCCGCACCCUCUCCAGUCAGGGUAUUGAUGACUUCCUCAAGGCCAGAGCCAAGGCCAAGACUUUAGACUUCCUUGAUGUGCUCCUGCUGAGCAAGGAUGAAGAUGGAAGAACAUUGUCAGAUGAGGACAUAAGAUCACAGGCUGACACCUUCAUGUUUGGGGGCCAUGACACCACAUCCAGUGGUCUCUCCUGGGUGCUGUACAACCUUGCAAGACACCCAGAAUAUCAGGAGCGCUGCCGGAAGGAAGUGCAAGAAAUUCUGAGGGACCGUGAGUCUGAAGAGAUAGAAUGGGAGGACCUGGCCCAGCUGCCUUUCCUGACUAUGUGCAUUAAGGAGAGUCUGCGGCUGCACCCCCCGGUUCCAGUGAUCUGCCGCUGUUGCACCGAGGACAUUGAGCUCCCAGACGGCCGGGUCAUCCCCAGAGGUGUCAUCUGCCUCAUCAGUAUUUUUGCGACUCAUCACAAUCCCGCUGUGUGGCCUGACCCUGAGAUCUAUGACCCCUCCCGCUUUGACCCAGAAAACAUCAAGGAGAGGUCGCCUCUGGCUUUUAUACCCUUUUCUGCAGGGCCCAGGAACUGCAUAGGGCAGAUCUUCGCCAUGACGGAGAUAAAGGUGGUCCUGGCGCUCACGCUGCUGCGCUUCCGAGUCCUGUGUGACCACACGGAGCCGCGCAGGAGGGUGGAGUUGAUUCUGCGCGCGGAGGGCGGCCUUUGGCUGCGCGUGGAGCCGCUGAAGGCUGGCGGGCAGUGAGCCGGCUACAGCACCCUCCU